AUGGUGGCCCUCACCCCAUUGAUUCGACGGUCUCUACGCCGCGCGCAAUUGCGCUCCAUCCGGGGCUUCGCGACCGCAAGCGAUGCACACCCACCGCCAUUCAACAACCGGGUGAGGAUCGUCGAAGUCGGACCCCGCGACGGGCUUCAGAACGAGAAGACGACGAUACCGCUGGCGACGAAGAUUGAGCUCAUAGAGCGUCUGGCGAGAACGGGACUGACCAGCAUUGAAGCUGGCGCCUUUGUGUCCCCGAAAUGGGUCCCCCAGAUGGACAACUCGAGCGAGAUUCUCGAGCACAUCCUCAAGCAUAGCAUCCAGUCCCCCGUGCCGAUAACCUACUCCUUUCUCGCCCCCAACGCCAAGGGCCUGGACACCGCGACCGCGAUCCUGGCCCAGCACCGCGGCGCCUUCACGACCGAUUCCGACGCGCCAAGCCCCUCCCCCCCCUCCUCCUCCUCCCCCACGCCGCCAAAGCCCUCCCUAGAGAUCGCCGUCUUCGCCGCCGCGACCGAGACCUUCUCGCAGCGCAACCUCAACUGCUCCAUCGCCGACUCGCUCGAUCGCUUCCGGCCCGUCAUCGCGGGGGCCAAGGCCUCCGGGCUGCGCGCGCGCGCCUACAUCUCGGUGGUGCUGGGCUGCCCGUUCGAGGGCCACGACGUGGACCCGCGGCGCGUGGCGUCGCUGGCCACGUCGCUGCUGGAGAUGGGCGCCGACGAGAUCUCCCUCGGCGACACCACCGGCACCGGCACCGCGCCCCGCACCAAGGAGCUCCUCACCUGCCUGCGGGCCGCGGGCGUGCGCGACGAGGACCUCGCCAUGCACCUGCACGACACGUACGGCCAGGCCCUUGUCAACGCCGCUGUUGCGCUCGAGCAUGGCGUUCGGACUUUUGACACUAGUGUUGCGGGGUUGGGGGGUUGUCCGUAUAGCCCUGGUGCCACGGGGAAUGUUGCUACCGAGGAUGUCGUUUACUUCCUUGAGAGUCUCGGCAUGGAUACGGGGGUUGACCUGGAUGCCGUUGCUGAUAUAGGCGAGUGGAUCGCUGCCCGGGUCGGGAAGUCUAACGAGAGCGCCGUCGGGAAGGCCGUGCUGGGGGCGAGGGCGAGGGCGAGGAAGGAGGCGGGGGCUAGCAAGUAG